GGCACUAUCUGCUGCUGCUGCUGGAGAGAGGAGGACUGCGCAAAAAACCACGGCCCGGAUUUGUGCCUGCCUUACGUCAUAGGAAGCCUCGGACCUCUCUGACAGGAUCCAACAAUGAGAGGCACCGGGGAUGAUGUGUGACCAUAGACUGUAUAGUGUGUGACCAACAAACAGCGGGCCGGGAGAUGUCGACGAGCAGCACACGGCUGUUUUGAGCCACACACUCGCCCGUAGAGUAAAAACCAGUCACGGAGAAUUAUCGCUUUGAUUGCGGCUCACCAUGAGAGUGCCUCUCCGCUGUUAAAGGGACAACUACGGCUGUUUUCUGCCUCAAAAACGAGCUGGUGACCGGGGAAGGAUAAGCAGCUGGAUAACUAAUCCCCCAGGACGGUCACAUUCACGACGGUGUUUGGACCCGAUAGAAAUGGACAUGCAUGCAGGGUAGCACGGACUGGAUUAAACGAUAGGGAAUAAAAGAGACGCCGCGAACAAAGCGUACCCGAAGAAGUGUUAUGCCAGUUAAUCCGUGUGGUCUUUAUUUGACUGGAAAUGGGAGCUUUAAUAAGCAGACAAAACAUAGGCGUGGAAGAACUGGACAUUCCGUCCAGUUCGGUGUACCGUUAUCCACCGAAAUCUGGAAGUUACUUCGCCAGCCAUUUCAUCAUGGGGGGAGAGAAGUUUGACUCCACCCAUCCGGAGGGUUACCUGUUUGGAGAAAACACUGACCUUAACUUCCUGGGGACGAGACCUGUGGCGUUCCCCUACGCAGCCCCUCCGCCUCAGGAACCAGUUAAGACGUUACGAAGCCUUAUAAACAUCCGUAAGGACACUCUGCGGCUCGUACGGUGCAGCGAGGACCUGAAGCUGCCGGGUGACGAGGCGGAGGGGAAGAACAGGGCCUGCUACAACGUAGAGUUCACCUUCGACGCUGACACACAGGUGGCCAUAACCAUCUACUACCAGGCCAUGGAGGAGUUUCACAAUGGAGUGCCAGUGUACUUGCCUCAGGACAGCUCUCUGCAGUCUGAGACGGUGCAUUUUAAGAGGGGAGUGUGCCAGCAGUUCUGCCUGCCCUCACACACCGUCAACCUCAGCGAGUGGGCCGACGAGGAGCUGCUCUUUGAUGUGGACAAAGAGGUUUUCCCCAUGGUGGUGCAAGCUGUUGUAGACGAGGGGGAUGAACAUCUGGGCCACUCUCACAUACUGCUGGCUACAUUUGAAAAGCACAUGGACGGGAGCUACUGUGUGAAGCCUCUAAAGCAGAAACAAGUGGUGGAUGGAGUGAGUUAUCUACUGCAGGAGAUCUAUGGGAUCGAGAACAAAUACAACAGCCAAGAAUCAAAGGUUGCUGACGAUGAGAUCAGUGACAACAGUGCUGAGUGUGUGGUGUGUUUGUCGGAUGUGCGAGACACACUGAUCCUGCCAUGCAGACACCUGUGUCUCUGCAACGCCUGCGCAGACACUCUGCGUUACCAGGCCAACUGCUGCCCCAUCUGCAGGCUGCCAUUCAGAGCUCUGCUGCAGAUCCGAGCCAUGAGGAAGAAACUGAGUCCUCUGUCACCCUCCAGCUUUAACCCCGUCAUCACUUCACAGACCUCUGACUCUGAGGAACACUCGGCGUCAGAGCACAUCCCUCCAGGCUACGAAGUGGUGUCUCUCCUGGAGGCUUUGAACGGCCCCCUCAGCAGCACCGUGGUGAACCCUCCUCUCAACUCCGGUCCCAGCAAUGUUGCCGGAACGCUGCCUCCGUACAGCAGUGAGCCUCACCCAGCGCCGGCCCGCUCCCUCUCCCCGCUCGACCACUCCAACUCCAGUCAGGGACUCAAACUCAAGAAGAGUGGUUCAAAGUCACUUUCCCAGAAUUCAUCUGUGCUUCCUGAGGAGGAGGACGAGAAGUCUUGCAGUGAAUCCGAGGCCUGUCGCCACAAACUUGCCAUAGACCAGCAGGAGAACGGAUUGACUCCAGACAGCGAGAACCUGACUCUCUCGUCCUCUGGAGCCAUCGACCAGUCGUCCUGCACCGGAACCCCCCUAUCCUCCACCAUCACCUCCCCUGAAGAGGAAACAAGUCCUCGGAGCCGGAGCCCGACCGUGAUGUGUGUGUCCGUCUGUCUGUCAGACCCAGUGAGCACCAGCCUGGUCCAGUCAGUGAUGUCCAUGGCCUCGUCCCACUCGCAGCACUCCCACAUCAGCACUGACACCAUGUCCUCCAUGUCAGGGUCCUACCUGGCGGGGGCAGAAGGCGAGCCCGGGGGGGACGAGGGCGGAGACGCUGAGGGGGACGAGAACCAGGACGCCCCCAUGGAGAGCCGAGGACCGUCGCAGCAGGACGGGGAGUUUUCCCAGGAGCCAAAGGAACAAAACUACUCAGUGGCUGUGGAGGAGCAGGACUCAGAGGGGAACGAUGUCACUGAAGAGGACUGCUCCUCCCCGUCCAAUGGGAAAGGUGGGCGGAGCAGGUGUCCAGAGUUGGCCAAUAACAAUCAGGGCGUCGCCCUCUGUGACACGCCCUCUUUGGGAUUGGAUAAUGAGCAGGCUCCCGACAGCCGAUUCGCCGAUGAGGAGUCGUGCCCAGUGCACAUUGAGGACUAGGUCUGAUGUACCUCGGAGGCUACAGGCCUGUUUUGGAGCCCCCCGCCCACCACACCUCCACCAGCAACAUCAACAUGGAGGAGCAGGGGGCUGAGAACCGGGACGGCCAGAGUCCCAAACAUCCCCGCCGCGGACCACUCAUUGUGUAACACACUCUAACACAGACGGAAACACAGACUUCUCCGUCCAGUCUCAGCUUACCCUGCCAUAGUGCUGCAUUGCUGGAUAUUGUCCUGCAGGGAACCCCCCCACCCCACUAUACCAACUGUCUUGAUUGUCGCUGCUGGCACUUAAACUCCUCCCGAGCAGAAAGAGGAGGAAAGAGGAACAGAAGGGCAAAACAUGUCGUCUGUGCACUUUUAGCUCAACAUUAUUGUUUCGUUUUUGUUGUGUUUAGCCCAUUGCUAUGUUAUUAUUUAUUACCUGUAGGUCUAACCAAUGAGAGCUUUGUAUUGUGACACUAUCUCUAAAAAAUACAUGCUGCUCCUCUCCUCUCCUUUCCUCUCCUCUCUUACCAGACAAACAGUCAGGGGCUACUGUGAUCGGCAAUCUGAUUUAUUACUGAUGUACUUCUUCUUCUCUCUUAUAAACUGUAUGUUGAACAAGUGUUUGUACACUACUUUAUAAUCAGCUCACACCGGACACCUUGGCAAACUAAAACGUGCUGACUCGUCUCUUCGGAUCAGGGAGCGCCCGUCUCGGCUUCGCAUGCAACCUCUGCAGAUGUUUCUCUUUUCCCGCCAUUAUUUUCCAAACAGCCUUGGACUUGUAAGGCGGCAGAGGAGCCAGGAAAUGGCGGCCAAAAUGAACAGAAAUGGACUGAAAAUAAAGGAAAAAAACACAGAAUGUAAGACGAUGAACGUUGAUCUCUUAGAAGGGGAAAGUACAUGACAUUUAAAUUGUCAUCUCAACUGGAAUUCAACGUGAACUUUGAACCCCUGAGCUGGUUCUAUUAACACAAACACACCAACCGCGCCAAACUCUCUUUCUUCAGCUCCCUCUAAGCAUGUCAGUAUUAUCGUAGUGCAACUGGAAUCCAACAAGAACCACCAAGCAAUACCGAUGCCGGAGCUGCAUCUCAUGUGCAGUUCAAACUGGCCCGUUGCAUUCAAAUCCAGACAUUUCAAUGUGUUUAAUUCUAUGUUUAAUCUUUUUUUUUGCCAUUGGGAAGGGAUUUAUUGUGAGGAAAACAUGAUACGGUGAAUUUGAGAACCUAAACGUGAGAUUUAGGCCACACUGUUAGCUGGCAUUUUGUUCAUAUUAACAUAAUCUCUACGAGCCCCUUUCUCCUCGUUUGUGAAGCCUUUAGUUGUUUGUUUUGUAAAACUUUAAUGUAUAGCUCACAAGUUGUCGAUGUUCUCCGUUCCCGUAAUUUUAAUUUGUUGCAAAACACUGUCGUUUACUAGAAUGUGGAUGAAAACAUGUGAAAAUGUGUUAACGUUUACACACUCGCAUAACAAAUAACUGAAAAAUGGACAAUAUCAACAUUUAAUGCACUAUUAUCUGUUUCCUAGACAACACACUUUGCGGUGCAUGAGGCGAUAGUAGAGUAAGCAUGUUAGUCUAGGUCCGCCUGCACCCAUAUAGAAAACUGGAUGAUGGAUCACUGCACACACAUAAAGCCGGACCAUAUCCCUCUGCAGUGUUAUCGGUUUCAGGAGCCCUAUUCCCUCGACCCGGACUGGUAGGUCAGAAGGACUGCAUUAGUAUAUCCAAGUUGCAACCAGUCAUGUGAUCACAGAUCGAAUGUGUAGAUGAAGCCGUUCUCUGGCACCAGUCACAGUAUGAUAUCAAAGGAAUGGGUCCAAAUCUGCAAGACUCCCACUUUUCUAGAACUAUGGGUGAAAAUGUCAAAGAAAACAUCAAACGGACAAUAAAGUUUUUGCAACUAAACA